AUGAAUUCACAGUAUCGGAACUCGAUCCAGCACCAGCAGCGAGUUAAGAAGAGGGAAGAAGAGCCUGUGGAUUUUAUGAGACUUUCGGACAAAGAAAUCGCGUCAUGCAUCAGCGAAAUGGGCAUCCCCUUCCAAGCAUCCGACAUCCUCAAACCCAACCCUCAAGUCAUCCAAAUGGUCUUCGAGCACCUCGGCGAACUAGUCAUGACCACAACACGGGACACGCUUGAUCCAGCCAUGCGCGCCGCCGCCGAAGACGUAUGCUCAGAGUUCCCCGAGAUUGUACCUACGGAAACACGAUUGUUGAUGGGUUUCUUCGUACAACUGCGGACCAUGCUCGAACAGUGUGGAAUUAACGAUUUCUCCUUCAGCGACCUGGUCCGCCCGACCCACGAUCGUCUGGCUAAGAUUCUGUCGUACGCCAUCAAUUUCAUCCGAUUCCGGGAAACGCACACCAGUGUCAUUGACGAGAACUUCAACAAGGCCGAGGCCACCAAAGCUAGGAUCGAAACGCUGUACACGGAAAACCAGGGCAUGGAGCAAAGGUUGGAAGAGAUGAAGCGAAACAGAAAAGCAAUGGAGGUUGCGGUCAAGGAGAAGAUGCGGCGCAACGAUGAAUUGAAGGCCCGACUGUUGGAGCUCCGUAAGGGUCAGGAACGAGUCGCGGAGCAGCUGGAACGAGCCAAAGCUGAGAAGGCACGGUCGCAGGCAACGCUGGAGGAGAAGACGGAAAGACUUGUACGAGUACGACAGGAGAGCGAGAAGUUGAGGCCCUACGUGCUUCAGAGCCCUGCCGCGCUGCAGAGUGCUUUGACCGAGCUGUCAGACAAUUUGGUGCGGGAAAAGGCUCAGAUUGAUUCGUUGGAGCGCAGAUGCCGUGCCCUUCAGACUUCGGGUGACAGCUUUACCUUCGUCCAGAAUGAUGUGCACAAUUGUGUCAAAGUGCUCGAGGAGAUCGCGGUCGAACUCCAGAAGGAGGAGGAGGAAGAUGCACGGGCAGCAAAGAAUCGUGAUGCUCUCGCGGAGCGGGGAAACAAUGUCCGCGAGGUCGAACAGAACGAGAAAUUGCUCCAGCGACAACUGAAGAAGUGGGAGGAGCGAACCGAAGAACUGCGGCGAAAGCACAAAGACCGAGACGAAGCCAACAAGGCAAAGAUGGACGAAUUGAGAGAACUUCAGAAGCAUCUUCGGGAGGAACGGGCGGAGAAGGGGCGUGAAAUGGACAGGAGGAAAGUAAGGAUUGAGCAAACGGAGAAGAAGAUGGCUGAUCUCAAGGACAACAUCGAGCAAGAGGUCCAUUCCGCUCACGAGGAAUACCUCAAACUUGAGUCCCACAUCAAGCUGUACAUCACGGAGAUGGAACAGAGCAUAUGA